AUGUGUGUUGCAGUCGCUGGUCGAGCAUUUGGUAGCUCGGGAGGAUUCCGCGUAAAUCAUCUAGACAUUGCACCUCAAUAUGCCGGUGUUCUCAUGGGAAUAACGAAUUGCUUUGCUACAUUGCCUGGUAUUAUCAGUCCGUUUAUAGUAGGGAUUAUUGUCGAUGUAUCGCAUACACGACAGCAAUGGCAAGUUGUAUUUUAUAUCUCCGCUGCUAUGUACCUCUUUGGUAUGGCCUUUUAUUUAAUCUUCGCUACCGGAAAUCUGCAAAACUGGGCUAUUGAUGAUCACGAAGAAUCCUAUGACAAAUCAAAGCCAUCAAUAACCUACAGUGAACUGACACAAAGCACUAGUGGUUUGUGGUAA